UUUGUAGUCACUUGACAGGACAUGAAAAUGUUUAUAUUUUUGUAAUACAAAUGCACCCAUUUUUUUUCCUUAUGGAUUCCUAACAUCGAACUGCAAUGGACCCACGAGAACCUUCACGACAUCUCAGUGCUCCUGAACUGGACUUGACUCGGAGCUUGGACGAGGACUCCAUGGUGGAUGGUCCUCUGAUCUCGGCUGAUGCCCUGCACUCAGCCAUCAGGAGAGAGUUUCAGACACUGCCCACAUACUGCCAGGCUCUUCUGCUUUCUGUUCUGCAUGUGGUGUAUGUCGUCUUGUCAGUUUUGGUGGCCGUAAUGUGCAUAUUAAAACAAGGUGACGUAGAACAGUGCAACAGCAUCUUACAGGCUGUUGGAGGAGACGGUGUUAUCGUGUUUGGUAAAGUCUUUUUAUGGGGAUUUGUUCUGCUAUUUACCAUCUGCACCAAGUACCACCACCGGCAGGCCAGAAGCAGGGGCUACCUAAAAUUCUACAGACACAUGCAGGACGUGAUCCACCUGCCUCUGGUUUUUCACUCUGGAGGCAAUGCUUUGCUGCUGUGGAUUCUGGCAUCGAAAAUACCAAAGGAUCUGAGAACUUACCUUGUGCUUGCUGUACUGGCGGUGGAGCUGCUGGUGGCAUUACCUUGUUUAAUUUAUUAUACAGUUAAAGUGGUGCAGUAUAACACAGAGAGAGCGGCACCUGACGUGAGCCAAGAGGAGCACUCACACAACUUCAGCGUGACUAGUGUGCCAAUAGAGACUGGAUUCAGGGAGGGCUCCAGCCUGGCAGAGGUGGUGGAUAAGCAGGCCGACCUGAUUGAGUAUCUGAAACAACACAACACUCUGCUGAGCAGGAGGCUGCUCAAUCUCACUGCGCAGCACUAGUCAGCACUGGCGUUCUGUUUGUCAUUUUACUUACUGAAAAAAAAGGCUAUUGUGCAGGUAUUAUAAGAAAGACUGUGGAGGAAAAGCACUGCUAAAGACUUGCACCUGUACUCACUGUCUUGUUGGAGCCUCCUCACCUGUGCUGCUCAGAUAACACAGAAGGUGGAGAGCUGUUAAGGAGGUUAAGUGGGAGGAGGACCAGAGGAGUCAGGGGUCACAGAUCAGAGCCCGGGGCUUUUAUCACUGUUCUACGACCCUCAGUGACCCCCACACACUACUGCUGCUCGGACUGUGGGAAAUGCACUGUUUUAGACAUGAUCUGCACUAUACUGUCUCCCAGGAGAGUUGUAUGUAUGUUGUAUUGUAUGUUUAUUAUUGUGAUUAUUCUUUGUGAUUAUUAUUUUCUAAAUUGGCAAAGUUCUGUGUUGUGGUUGUAAUAAAAUAAUUUCUUAUUUUCAUUUUA